AUGGGAGGAAAAGCUAGCAGCUCCUCUGUGAAUGCCAAUGUGACGUCAGGAGCUGGAGGGAGAGCCUGCUCUCCUGCUUCCCGGGGGGCUGCUGGCUCCUCCUGUGCCCAGGCAUUCCUCUCCCAAGUGUCAUCACUCCCUCCCUCUCUGGGAAGCUUGCUGCAGGUCCCAGGGCGUGUGGAACUUCAGCCCCAGGUAGAGGGCAUCAGGCAGCCGAAGACACGCACCCUGCGCUCUCCUCUCCGAGGAAGGCUCCUUGCCACCCCUUUCCUGAGGAUCCCAAAGAGCUCCCCCAACUGUUGUCAGAGUUUGGAAGAGGCAUCUGUGGAGGUCAGCCUUGAUGUCCACCACCAGCCAACCCAUCCCCCAGAGAUGGCCUGGAAUUGCUCGUGGGAGAUCCAUGCCCAGAACAGGAAUAAGGUGUGCCCAGGGGCAAGUGAGGCCCCAGAACUCUACAGCCGAGGCUUCUUGACCAUGCAGCAGAUAGAGGCCUUCCCACCGCCUGUUAUCAUGAGUUACAUCUUCCUGCUCAUCUGCUUCUGUGGGCUGGUAGGAAAUGGGGUCGUCCUGUGGUUCUUUGGCUUCUCCAUUAAGAGGAACCCCUUCUCCAUUUACUUCCUCCACCUGGCCGUGGCCGACGUCGGCUACCUCUUCUGCAAGGCGGUGCUCUCCAUCCUGCAGGCUGGGGCCUUCCCUGGCGCCUUUCCCACCUACAUCCGCUUUGUGUCCAGGAUCCUGGGCCUGGCUGCCUUCCUCACCAGCGUGAGUCUUCUGCCGGCUGUGAGCACCGAGCGCUGCCUCUCUGUCCUCUUCCCAACCUGGUACUGCUACCGGCGGCCCAAGCACCUGUCUGCCCUGGUGUGUGCCCUGCUCUGGGCUCUGGCCUUCCUGCUUACCACUAUCCACACCUACUUCUGUGUAUACAUCACCCCCAGGCCCUCCUGGGGAGACUGCACCCACAUGGACAUCUUCCUAGGCAUCCUGCUCUUCCUGAUCCUUGCCCCCCUCAUGGUCCUGGCCUGCCUGGUCCUCCUGGUAAAGGUGGAGUGCAGGGCCACCCGCCGGCACCAGUCAUCCAAACUCAACAACGUCAUCCUGGCCAUCGUGUCUGUCUUCCUGGUCUCUUCCAUCUACUUAAGCAUUGACUGGUUCCUCUUCUGGGUCUUUGAGAUCCCAGCACCCUUUCCUGAGUAUGUCACGGACGUGUUCAUCUGCGUGAACAGCAGUGCCAAGCCUGUCAUCUACUUCCUGGUGGGGAGGGACAAGAAGCAGAGAUUCUGGGAACCCCUCCGUGUGGUUUUCCAGAGGGCCCUCCGUGAUGGAGCUGAGCUGAAGGAGAGCGGGGACACCCCUAACACGGUCACCAUGGAGAUGCAGCCGGCUGCAGCCACUUCCUGA